AUGGGUGUUGCAAUUCCAGACGAGUAUCGUGGUGAUAUGGCCCUAGCUGGGGAGUGGCAGACGGUUUCUGAGAAAGUGAUUGGUGCGGAUGGAGAGAAGACGGGUCCUUCGCUUGGGGUUCGCAAGCGCAAGCAUGAGGGGGAUGAAGAAGAAGAGGAGGCUAAACGGGAGGCGGAAAGGUUUGUUAGCAAGGGUUGGGGGUCGAGGACUCGGGAGUAUCCUGGUGCGCAGGACGAUGCGGAUUUGGAUGCCCUUUUGGAGUCUACGAAGGAUGUCAAGAAAGCAAAGCCUUCGACUGCUGAAGCGACUCCUAAGGAGAAUGAUAAGGAAGCUGCCGAUGUCCCGUCUAAAGGCGAGGGUGACUCUGCAGCUGCAGAUUCGGAGCAGAUGCCGCAAACUGAAAAGGAACAGUCUGAAGCCGCUGCUGUGCCUCCUGCGCCUAUGGCUAAGAGUGAGCCAGAAGAAGCGAGUACAGGCGUCAUUUUUAAGAAGCCUAUUGCUUAG